CCUUGCUCUUUCCCGCCAUGGCAGGCGGCCACAUCGCCCACUGCCUCGGCGGCAUCCUCGCCGGCCGCCGUGCUGGCUCCACCGUCGCCGUCUCCUCCGGCGACCUCUGCCUGACCGGUGCGGAGCUCGUCGACGGCGUGCGGAGGCUCGCCGCCGGCCUCUCGGAUCGCGGCGUCCAGCCCGGCGACGUCGUCGCCGUCGUCGGCUUCAACAGCAUUGAGUACAUGGAGCUCCUGCUGGCUAUCCCUUACGUCGGAGCGAUCGUUGCCCCUGUCAACUACCGCUGGAGCUUUGAGGAGGCGGCACAGGCGCUGGAGCUCGUGCGACCGUCGGCAUUCAUAUUCGAUGGUGGCUAUGGUUCAUGGGCGCGGCGGCUGAUGGACAGCGGCAGCUUCUCAUAUGUUGGUCUUUACCUCACCAUGGGAGACCCUGUCAGUACCAGCCAUGCUGCAAACUUUGUGUCAGUUGGUCACAUCAAGAGGAGCCCGAGAGGAACCAUGGUGAUGGAGCCCGUGUCGGCUCCGAGGGAUGUGGCUUUGAUAUGCUUCACAUCUGGAACUACUGGACGACCAAAGGGUGUAGCGAUAAGCCAUACAUCUUUGAUCAUUCAAUCUCUUGCGAAAAUCGCUGUUGUCGGCUACGGUGAGGAUGAUGUCUACCUGCAUACAGCUCCUCUGUGCCACAUCGGAGGGAUCUCCUCAUGCCUGGCCAUCCUGAUGGCCGGAGGCUGCCAUGUCCUGAUACCUAAAUUCGACGCGAAAUCAGCUUUCAAAGCCAUCCAAGAACAAAAAGUCACUUGUUUCAUCACUGUUCCGGCAAUCAUGGCUGAUCUACUGUCUUAUGCUCGGAAAGAGAAUAUAUCAGGCUGUGGGGCGGUGACCAAGAUUCUCAAUGGUGGUGGUGGGUUGUCGGCUGAGCUGAUAAAUAAAGCUUCUUGCUUAUUUCUUCAUGCUGCUAUCUUUUCAGCUUAUGGGAUGACUGAGGCAUGCUCAUCUUUGACAUUCAUGGCUAUAAACAAGUCAGAACCUCAAGAAACCGAGAACCAACUAAGCAGCCAUUCUGGAGGUGUUUGUGUUGGAAAGCCAGCACCUCAUGUAGAGAUACAAAUUGGUAGAGAAGACAUUAACAGCAGUUCUUCACCAAUGGGCAAAAUCUUAACAAGAGGCUUGCACACAAUGGUAGGAUAUUGGGCAAAUAACACGGUCGACACAUCGGAAUCUGUCAGGAAUGGUUGGCUUGACACCGGGGACACAGGAUGGAUCGAUCGAACAGGUAACCUAUGGCUCAUGGGACGACAAAAAGGUCGCAUCAAAAGUGGAGGGGAAAAUGUUUAUCCUGAAGAGAUAGAAUUGGUGCUGUCACAACACCCGGGGGUAGCUAAAGUUGUCGUUUUAGGUGUACCAGAUAGUCGUCUUGGGGAGAAAUUGGUAGCUUGUGUUAACAUCAUGGAUGACUGGAAGUGGGUUGAUGCAACAGAUGAACACCAAGGAGAAGGCAAAGAAGUGUCUUCUCAGACCCUUCAAGAACACUGCAGGAUAAACAAACUGAGCAGAUUCAAGGUGCCAAGGCUAUAUCAUCAGUGGAGGAGGCCAUUUCCAGUGACCACCACAGGGAAAAUCAAAAGAGAGGAGCUGAAGACUGAGAUCUUGGCAUCCUUGCAACCACGCAGCAAUUUGUAGCUGAUCUUUGUAGCUUCAGGCCAACAAUGCAUCAACCACAUGGAAUUCUCCUCUGUAACUACAAAUCUUCAUUGGAGUUUCAGUUUCGUAGAUGUUUACCAGCAGCGUGGUUCAGUUUUGGAGAUUCAAUUGUAUAGGUCUUCAGUACAUAGCAUCUUUUGUUAUUUGUAACUCCUUUUAUUUUUGCCGUUUUAUCAAUGGCACAAUUGUAGUUGAUUCUGUGCUCUCUGUUUGUCGCUAUGGGUUUAACUGUAAGCAUGUUUCAACUUAGCACUUA